AUGAGGAGCUUCGUCUUGAUAACAGCUUUGAUUUUCUGCAGCCUCAGAUGGAUCUUUGUCUCUGGCUCUGAGGUUCACACUGUGAAGGUCCAGCGUGGCGAAGAAGUCACACUGCAGUGCUCCAACAUUUCCACAAGUCCAACACAUACAGAGUGGUUCAGAGUGGUCAACAUGACUAAAACGAGCUGCAUCUCCUCUAUGUUUGGGUCUCAUGGCCAAGCUUCUUUCUGUGAUGGAUUUCAAAAUGGAAAAUUCAAUAUGAGUUCGAAUGUCACUUCUGUCUUUCUUAAAAUAACAGAAGUGAGUUUAUCUGAUGCAGGGCUGUAUUUCUGUGGAUUUUACGUGGAUGUGCAUAUUAUUAUUUCCAAUGCAGUAGAGUUAAGAUUUGAAGAAGAGCCUGAAAGAUGCAUAAACCUGAUGAGCAUCGUGCUGGGUGGUCUGACUGUUUUACUUACUAUGGUGGUCAUUGUUCUGGUUCUAAAAGUCAGGAACCUACAAACAGCUACAGAACCUAAGGAUGAAGAACACAAGAACAUGAACUCAGAUGAUCUGAACUACGCAGCUCUGAGUUUCCAGACAAAAGCUAAAAGAAGCCGCAGGCCUGCGACACAGAGAGAGCCGGAGCCUAACGUUGUGUAUGCUGCCACACGAUAG